UUUUUCAAGUUUAACCAAACUUAUGUCCAAACCUAAAAGAUGCUGAUAAAUUAACGGAAAAAGCAAACUCCGGCAGACAAACGCCAGGUUCUUUCUUCUUUUUUUCUCCGGCAACUUCCUCGGCGAUUUCUUUCCGGCGACAUCGAGUUGUUAGUUGUUAUUUGGCUUCGGCAAAAGAAGCAUUGAUGAAGCCGCAGUCGGCAUGGGGCUCACUAAAGAACCCGGUGAAGUUCAAGAUUCCAACCGCGGAGAGUCUUGUUCCUAUUCGUCUGGACAUUGAAAUUGAUGGUCAAAGAUUUAGAGAUGCUUUUAGUUGGAAUCCAAAUGGUACGUUUUUAUUAUUAUUUUUUUAGUUUUAACCACCAUAUAAACAUUGAUACAGCAAUAUGCACUCAAUUUGAUGCUUCUGUUUCAGACUGUAGGUUGCAACUGGCUGCUUUCUUGUAUGCACAGUUGAUGUUCUUAAUUAGUAGUUGCUGCCAAUAAAUGCUGAUAUCUUUUAUUCUAAAUGUUGAAUGCUACCACAGCUCAUCUGUACCGUCAAAAUGAAAAUUUUAGUUUUUCACUACAAUGAUCAAGAAUCAUUAGUGAGCAAAUUUGUGAAAAAGUGGAGUGGACAUGCCCAUUCCAGAUCCUGACUCAGAAGUGGUGGUUUUCGCGAAAAGAACUGUUAAGGACUUGAAGCUUCCUCCUGGGUUUAUCACUCAGAUUGCUCAAUCCAUUCAAUCACAAUUAACAGAAUUUCGGUCAUAUGAAGGACAAGAUAUGUACACUGGCGAGAGAGUUGUUCCUAUCAAGCUUGAUCUCCGAGUAAAUCAUACAGUUAUCAAGGACCAUUUUUUCUGGGACUUGAACAAUUUCGAGAGUGAUCCUGAAGAAUUUGCACGGACUUUUUGUAAAGAUAUGGAAAUUGAAGACCCAGAAGUUGGACCUGCAAUAGCCAUAUCAAUUCGAGAACAACUUUAUGAGAUUGCAAUGCAAAGUGUUGCAUCCGCAAGAGAAAGUAGGGCAAAUAAGAAACGCAGAGUGACGGAACAUAUCUCAGCCAGUAAGACAGGUGUACCUGCAUUGGACCUGGUGAAGUUAUUUGGCAUUAGAUCAAGUGUUGUUCGAAAAAGGAAGGACUGGGAUGUAUAUGAACCAAUUGUUGAUCUCCUUUCAAAUGAAGAGGUGGAUGCCCUCGAGGCUAGAGAAGAGAAGAUUACUCGAUGAUGCAGUCAAUGCCCAUUGAAGGAAUACCAGCAUUUGAAAGAGAAAUCGUGUUAAGUUUUAGAUGAUACAAUGAAACUAAAUCCUAGUCUUAGUUCAGCCAAAAUCCCAUGGUAGUUAUAGAUAAUGUUUAGAUUUUAACAUUGAUUCGCAGAUCGCUACAUAGGUUUGUUGAAAGCAACACUUCAGUGUCCUGUGUUAAUGUAUCUUCACCGCGCUGAGAAACUAAUGAUAGCUAAUUUAGUUGUGUUCUAAAUCCUGCUAUA